AAUGGAAAAGAAGAUUCUACACCAAACUCCAAGCGUCUUCAUUAGGACACAUGUCAGGCAAAAUAAUGAUUCAGAGUCAGUAAGCGACGGAAAAUUAGUAAUUUUCAAAAAUUCACAUGGUGUGUUUAUCGAGUGGCAACCCUAUCAACCUAAAGAGAAGCAUGACGAAUGGGAGGUAGUUGGCGUCCAAAGAAAUAAUCAAGGGCAAAGUCAACAAUCUAAUGGAACGUCUGCUACAAACAAAGGGCAUUUACCUAUUCCACAUAGCCAUAUUAUUAAUUUUAAUAUUCAAGAUUUACGAUCAUUUAAAAAGUCAAAACCGACUAGUGGGAUACCUUUCUUAAUAUUUAUUCUUAAUUGUGGAACGACUUACCCUGCAUUACAUUUUCAUCGAGGAGGAACAAGUGAUUUUUUAUCGGCUAUGAAACAGCACAUCAGCUACGAACAAAAAGAUCAAACCUUAUUUAUUGUUAAAGAUAACAGUAAAGCGCUAUAUAAGUCUCUCGAAGAAUUGGACGUUAUGUCUGAUCAGCGUUCCUCAAUUCAGGGAAUCACACAAGGCUUUGCUAAAAUUAGUAGAGUGAAGGACACUAUCGAAAAAUUUCUUUCUCCUAAUUCGAAUAGUGUAGGAAAUAUGGAAGAUAUAGUUAACCAGAAUGAAGAAAUGUAUGUCUCUAUUGAGGAUGAUUUUGAUCAAAAUGGAUUUGCUGUCGUAUCAACCGGAGUAUACAAACCUCCUGAUUUAGCGGAUAAACUUCCUAUUCAAAGAAAAAGUCCAUUAAAUCCAGAACAGUGGUCGAAGCUUAUGGAUACUGAAGGACGUGUUAAAGACCCUGAAAAUCUGAAAGAUAUAAUUUUCAGAGGGGGCGUAGAUCAUUCGAUUAGGAAAGAGGUAUGGAAAUUUUUGUUGGGCUAUUAUAGUUGGGAUUCAAACUACAAAUCAAGAUCUGAUCAAAGAAAAGCUAAAGUUGACGACUAUUUCCGUAUGAAACUACAAUGGAAAUCAAUAAGCAAAGAGCAAGAGACAAGAUUUUCCCAGAUCAGGGAUAUGAAGAACUUAAUCGAUAAAGACGUAAACAGAACGGAUAGAACUCAUGAAUAUUAUGUAGAGAAGAAAAAUGUUGACGUGCUUUAUGACGUACUUAUGACGUAUGUCAUGUAUAACUUCGACCUAAGUUACGUUCAGGGAAUGAGUGACUUACUCGCACCAAUAUUAGCUCUGAUGGAAAAUGAAGUAGAUGCGUUUUGGAGCUUUGCCGGUUUUAUGGAAAUUGUUCAACAUAACUUUGACAAAGACCAAGCAGGAAUGAGAAACCAGUUAUUGCAGUUACAAACAUUGAUCAAAUUUUACGAUCCAGAAUUUUACAGAUAUUUAAUGCAACAUGACUCCUGUAAUAUGUAUUUCUGUUUUCGAUGGCUUUUAAUCAUAUUUAAAAGAGAAUUCAAAUUUCCUGAAAUCAUGCGAUUGUGGGAAGUAUAUUGGACAAUGAAUCCAUGUCCUAAUUUCCAAUUGCUCCUGUGCGUAGCCGUCCUGUUAGAUGCGAAGCAGACAAUAAUUAAUUCCAGAUUUGGAUUUACGGAAAUCUUACGGCAUAUUAACGAUAUGUCAUAUAAGAUUGAGCUCGAACCUAUGUUAAAAGAAGCUGAAGCGAUUUAUCUACAACUCUGUUCAUAUGAGGCUUUACCGGAAAAUGUCGCUUCUAUUUUCGGCAUUCAGGUUCAACGAUCCGGAAAAGCUCCUUCUGUUCAGCCAUCACCAACGUUUCCUAGGUCACCAAAGAGCUCCAAGCCUAGUCCCAGCAAUAAUCACUUAGCACCUGAUCAUGGCGAAUCCAUUUAA